AUGGCCCUCAUGCGCCUCCUGCAGCGCAGACCGGACGGUACUGUCAUCCUUUGCGAACCCACCAGCGAUCAUGUGCCUGCCUACGCAAUACUCUCUCACACAUGGGGACAGGAGGAAGUCACCUUUCAGGACAUGGAAGCCAACAGUGACAUGAGCAAGACUGUCAGCAAGGCCGGGUGGAGGAAGAUAGAGUUCUGCGCGAAGCAGGCCGCAGCUGAUGGGCUACAGUACUUCUGGGUAGAUACGUGCUGCAUUGACAAAAAGAAUGCGGUCGAGCUGGGCGCGGCGAUCAACUCUAUGUUUCGGUGGUACCAGAAUGCCGUGCGCUGCUACGUCUACCUUUUGGAUGUGUCGAAGCCAGGCAAUAGAACCGGCGGUGAAAGGGCUUGGGAGGAGGCCUUUAGGACGAGUCGAUGGUUUACACGAGGCUGGACGCUUCAAGAGCUGAUCGCACCAAGGGAGGUUGACUUCUUUAGCGCAGAGGGGCACCGACUGGGUACCAAACUGUCGCUUGCGGCUGAGAUACACGAGAUCACGGACAUCCCAGAAAAAGCACUCCGAGGCGAUGCGCUGUCGAACUUCAGCAUCAGCGAGCGGAGGUCCUGGGCCGAGCGCCGCAAUACCACGAUUGAAGAGGAUGAAGUAUAUUGUCUGCUCGGAAUCUUCGAUGUUUCUAUGCCAUUAAUCUAUGGGGAAAGAAGAGAUCAAGCCUUCCGGCGGCUAGAGGAAGAGAUCCACAAGCUGUACAAGGGUGCGGACUUUGAACAAUAUGCCGUCAGACUCAAUCUGAGGUCGUUUGCUGAAGCCGCACAGUUUGUGGCUAGAGAGGAGGAGCUGUCGAAGAUGCAUGAGCUGCUCUACGGUCACAGCAGCCGAGCGGCCGUCGUCCUUCACGGGCUAGGAGGGAUUGGGAAGACUCAGCUAGCAGUCGAAUACGUCAGACGGCAUAAGGAGAAGCACACAGCGAUCUUCUGGCUGAAUGCGAAUGAUGAAGACUCUCUCCGGCUCAGCUUUCGCGGCAUCGUGCGGCAAGUCCUGCAGUAUCACCCCUCGACGAGAGUGCUCGGUGGUAUAGACCUGGAAGGAGACCUCGAUCGAGUGGUUAGUGCAGUCAAGGCCUGGCUCGAUCUCCCGGGAAAUGCACGUUGGCUGCUGAUCUACGAUAACUACGACAACCCCCGAACCCCUGGUAGUUUUGACCGUACGACAGUGGAUAUACGUAAAUAUCUGCCCGAAAGUGACCACGGAUCGAUUAUUAUCACAACACGCUCAGCGCGAGUUACCCAAGGUCGGCGGCUCCACGUUCAGAAGUUGACAGCUCUGGAGGACGGGCUCAAGAUUUUAGCGAACACGUCCGGAAGGGGAGGCAUUGAAGACGAUUCUAAUGCGAAAGCGCUCGUCUCGAAGCUGGAUGGCCUGCCUCUCGCUCUCUCCACAGCUGGUGCUUACCUAGAGCACGUGACCGACAGCUUCGCGGAGUAUCUUCGGCUGUACGAGGCAUCAUGGUUAGAACUCCAGACCACAAGUCCAACGCUGAGCUCAUACGAAGACCGGUCACUAUAUACAACAUGGCAGGUCACGCUCGAUCAGAUACGAAAACAGAAUGUAGCGUCGGCUCAGUUGCUCAAGCUGUGGGCCUAUUUCGACAAGCAAGACAUGUGGUUUGAACUUCUUCGACAUGCACACUUUGCGGACGAUAAGCGGAUACAGAAGGUUACCGAGAACAAGCUAAGCUUUAAUAAAGCAGUUCGACUACUAUGCGAAUACGGCCUAGCUCACCCAGAGCCUUCGCUUAGCCAACCAUCUGAGUCUAGAGGGUACGGAGUGCAUAGCUGUGUGCACUCAUGGACGAUAUCUGUCUUAAACAGCGAGUGGGAUGACAGUAUGGCACAGCUAGCUCUAACUUGUGUGGCAUCCGAAGUCCCUAGUAGGGAUGUAGACGAAUGGUGGCUCCUAGAGCAGCGGCUGCUCCAACAUGUUGCGCGACAUGAAAAGUUUGUUAGGAACGGCAAGGUGGAUAUUAAGGGAAUGGAAUGGGCACUGCACAACCUGGGUGACCUCUACGCGGACCAAGGCAGGCUGGCGAAGGCAGAGGCCAUGUACAAUCGGGCGCUGCAGGGCAAGGAGGAGGCACUCGGAGCGAAGCACAUAUCGACACUCGAGACGGUCAACAACCUAGGCACCCUCUACGCGGGCCAAGGCAGGCUAGCGGAGGCAGAGGCCAUGUACAAUCGGGCGCUGCAGGGCAAGGAGGAGGCACUUGGAGCGAAGCACAUAUCGACACUCGAGACGGUCAACAACCUAGGCAUCCUCUACGCGGACCAAGGCAGGCUAGCGGAGGCAGAGGCCAUGUACAAUCGGGCGCUGCAAGGCAAGGAGGCACUCGGAGCGAAGCACAUAUCGACACUCAAGACGGUCAACAACCUAGGCAACCUCUACGCGGACCAAGGCAGGCUAGCGGAGGCAGAGGCCAUGUACAAUUGGGCGCUGCAGGGCAAGGAGGAGGCACUUGGAGCGAAGCACACAUCGACACUCGAUACGGUCAACAACCUAGGCACCCUCUACUUGAACCAAGGCAGGCUGGCGGAGGCAGAGGCCAUAUACGACCGGGCGCUGCAAGGCUACGAGGAGGCAAUUAAGCCCGAGCUUCUACCGACGUAUUUGCCAGCGUUGAACAACUUUAUCGCGUCCGGCGACCUCUACGCGAGAACAGGUCGUGAAGACGCGGCAAAGGAAAUGUAUAGUCGGGCAUUGGCUGGGUACACGUUGGUCCAGGGACCUUCUUCGAAAUGGUGCAAGCCGCUGGAAGAUCGACUCCAAGCGUUGCAACUUGCGAGUCCACGCCAAGGCGAGGGAGCAGACAUCGAGUCGCCAAGAUACGGGCCACUGAAGCGGAAACACUCUGCGAUCUCAGAAGGUGAAUUGACAUAA